GGAUGUGGCCACGCCUUCGUACAGAUGAAUUGUUAUGUACAACGACUGCGCCUGCUAACGUAGUGCAAGUUAGCAUAGCAUAGUGUAGAAUAGCUUAGCGUAGCAGAGGUGAACAUACUGAAUUUGACAGCUGGGAGAACCCGGAGUUCGCUUCACUAGACACGGCUUAGUUGACCGACUCAUGGCUAAAGUAAACGGCGGGGCGUCUGGCUGUAGGGCUAUCGUAAUGGCCGGUCAGUUUUUGUCAAAGCCGGCGCCGUCUCUGCCUCUCGCUCAGCCGCAGCAGAACACGGGUCAGCGGAAACUCGCCAAAAUUCAGCGGCGCAUGCUGUCAGUCACCUCCGCCGUACAGGCUAACAAGAUCCCCGUACAGACGCAGCUAGACGCCGCCAGCUUCCUGCCGCUCUCGGAGCGCGGUGUGUGGUCCAACCGCACCAUGGUCUACCGGGACGUUAAAGCGUUUCUCAGUGAAGUCGGCGGGGAUCCGCGGGAAGCUCGUUACUGGCUGACGCAAUUUCAGCGAGCGAAUGUGUGUAAAGCGCCUGCUUUCGCCGUUCUGGAGAUCAACCCGUCAGUGUUCAAGAGCUGUGAGAUGGUGCAGAGCCUGGCGUUCGCCUUGUCCUUCCUGCAGCGCAUGGAUAUGAAGACCGUGGUGGUAAUGGGGAUUCCUCCUGAGCUGAUGAAAGAAAACUGUAUACCAGAUGGACCUGUUUCCUCUGACUGCAGAACUGUACUGAUUAAAUAUUGCCAAGUUCUUGCUGAGGCCUUGCAGCAGAGCUCGGCCAGUGUCAUUCCUUUCUUUAGUGCAGAGUCAAUGCUGCGACUUCUGGAGCCUCAACACAACAGCAGUGGUGCUGCCUCCAUCAUGGUAGACACAACCCUGCUUCAGUGGAGUCUGGACUGCGGUGCCAUUCCCCUGGUGUGCCCUGUGGGCUGUGAUACAGCUGGCUGCUCCACUCUCCUCAAUUCGGUUGACGUCACCGUAGCCAUCUCUCGAGCUCUCCAGCCCCUCAAAGUUAUGUUCCUGAACAGCUGGGGGGGUCUCCGUAACCAGAACCUAAAGGUGCUGGGUACCGUGUCUCUGCCGAGUGACCUUCCUCUGUUGUCCUCAGCUGAGUGGCUGUGUGCGUUGGAGCGCAGGCUGGUCAGCGCUAUCGCUCACCUCCUCAACCAGCUCUCCCCAGAGAGCUCAGCAGUCAUCACUUCAGCUAACACUCUGCUCACUGAGCUCUUCAGUCAUAAAGGUUCUGGCACCAUGUUCAAAAAUGGAGAUCCCAUUCACAAGUACAGCAGCCUUGAGGGCAUAGACUUUGACCGUCUCCUGGCUCUGAUUAACAAAUCAUUUGGGAAGACACUACAUGAAGACUACAUCAGCUCUCUUAAGGAAAGACUUCAUUCCAUCUAUCUGUCAGAAGGGUACAGUGCAGUAGCCAUCAUCACCUCUGAGCCAGUCAGCAGUGGGAUUCUGUAUCUGGAUAAAUUUGUGGUGAGUGACAAUAAACAGGGCCAGGGCACCAGUCAGAUCCUCUGGGAGUGUAUUCGCCAGGACCUGGGCAAGCUCUUCUGGAGAUCCCGCGCGAGUAAUCGCAUCAACCCUUGGUACUUCAAGCACUGUGACGGCAGCUUCGUCAAUGGCCGCUGGAUCGUGUUCUGGUUCGGCCUGUCAGAUAUCCGUGAGUCAUACGAGCUGGUCGAGUAUGCCAAGCAACUCCCAGAUUCGUUCUGCCAAACCUCAGAGAGUGACGCGUCUAACCAGCAGGCGCCCGCUGGGUCUUAAACACACCUACUGCAUUUCACGCCCUGGAUUUCAGCAUAGGCAUGCUUAUGUGCCUUUUCCCAUGACAUCGAUGUAUGCCCAUUAUUUUUAAAGCUUGGGGUUGCUGAGAGUGGCUUCCGACUUGUGUUUGCUAGUUUUCAUUCUGAUUUGAUUUUAGGUGAGGUUCAUCCAUUCUGGCAGCCCUGCUGUUACACGGCAGGUGUACAUGACAUUAUACAGGACAUUCAGCUGAAAAUACAAGGCAGUAAAAUUCCUUAUUAAAAUGUUUACAGUAUAAGCUCUAGCAGAUGGUGUCAGUGGUACACUGGGGAACUGUUCACCAUUUGUGGAUUACGAAACUGUAGCACUUCUUCUGAUUUUUUUUAUGAUGAUAUUUUGAUAUUUAAAAGGUCAAGGCAGACAGUUAUGACAGACUUAUUAAUAGCUAUUUCUUAGGUUUGACAGUCACUUAAGUCACUAAUUUGGUCAACUACAAAGUCUGAUAAUCAGGCUGGAUGUAAUGUAAAUUACAAAGCAUUGUUGGAAAAUGAUUUUAUAAUUUUGGGUAGGGAAAAUGUACUCAUUACGUUUACAUUACUGUAUUGUGAGCCAUACAGUAUUGUGAUGCCUACUGGGCCUACGGUAGAUUGUUUUUUUCCUCAGCAUUUUCCUGAAUUUCCUUCACACAGGAACAUUGGGCUAAAGUGCUGUAAUCUUAUUGUGUGUGAUUUUUCACAUGUGAAUCUGGAGACAAUCGAGGACUAUUUGCAAGCACCAUGAAGUCAUGAAGCUGAACAUCAAAUUUAAUUUGGACAUUUUAUCUAGGCCCAAAAGGUAUUAUGAAACCUGUACACAGAUACUUGAUGAGCUGGUUUUCUAACGUAUAACGUUCUGAUGGUUUUACUUUAACUUUUUUAGGGUAGGUUUUGGAGCAAGGGUUAGCACAUUUGUGUGCUAGUGUUAUGGAGUGGUGUGUGUGAAUUGUAAAAAUUACAAUAAAAUCAAUAAAAGGUUUCAGUUGAAUUCUUUGAUAUGAAAUGAAA